CAUUCUAAGCAAUAGUUUAUUUGAAAUCGUUAAACCGAGGAACUUUACUUAAACUCUAUUGUUUAAAAAACAAUUAAAAACAAUGGUCGUUUCUAAUAUAUUAAGAACUUCAGUAGUUGUUGGAGGUGUAGUAUUAAUUUUAUUUUUUCUUAUGGCGAUAACAAAAAAUAAUCAGGAACAAAGGGAGUUUGAACAGUUCAUACGUAUGUUUAAUAAGAGUUACGUAAAUAGUACGGAACGCAAUAUAAGAUUCAAACGAUUUCAGGCAUCAUUAAAUAAUAUUAGGCUACUAAGACAUAGUUGUAAUGGCUGUUCCAGUUAUGGAAUUACAAAAUUUUCAGAUUUAUCUCCAGAAGAAUUUACUAAAACGCAUCUGACUCCGAUCUCUCCGAGGAUAUCACGCACAGAAACUUUUAACAUGGGCAAGUCUAAAAGAUCAACUACAACAGCUAUGUUAUCAAACAUUGAUUGGAGAGAUAAAGGAGUGGUAACUUCUGUGCGAAAUCAAAAAAAUUGUGGAGCAUGCUGGGCAGUGAGUGCGGUAGAAAUGAUCGAAUCUGUUUACGCUAUUAAGACAGGAGUGUUGCAAACAUUUAGUGUACAAGAAAUGAUAGAUUGUUCAGGAGGAAUAAAUCAAGGAUGUCUUGGUGGAAGUGUUGCAUAUUUACUGUUGUGGUUAGUGGAAAAUAACAUUACUGUAUUGAAAGAAGAAAAUUAUCCAACCAUUUAUGCAGAUCAAAUAUGUACUCUCAGUCAAACACCCGACGAAGGAGUCAAAAUAAAAUCAUUUUUAACUCUAAACUUAAUGAACCGCGAAGAUCUAUUGGUAACUUAUUUAUCGAAAAGUCCAGUUUCCGUUGCACUUAACGCAUUGCCAUGGCAGUAUUAUGUCGGUGGUAUAAUCAGUCAAUGUGAUAAUAGUAUAGAAUCAUUGAAUCAUGCAGCAGAGAUAGUAGGAUAUCAACUUGGUGUAAAUCCAUACUACAUUUUGAAAAAUUCUUGGGGUACAAACUUUGGAAAUGAUGGAUAUGUAUAUGUGGCAAUUGGAAAUAACGAAUGCGGAAUUGGAUGGGAAGUUGAUGUUAUUACAAAUGUUGUGUAGUUUAAUAGCAGCAAAAUUACUCUUGUGUGACAAUGUUUUUUUUUUUAUUAUUUUUUGUAAAAUAAUU